GAGAAACAAAAUCGUUCGAGCGAGCUCUCGCGGCGCGCAGCCACACCGACUUCCGGCGAGGGAGGGAGGGGGCCAAAACCCUAGCCGAACCCGCCGCCCGACCCGCGCGGCAGCCGCGUCCAUGGAGGUGGACCCCUCGCCGUCGCCGCCCUCGUCCCGCCCGCCGCCCCUGCCGGGCUACUUCGACCCAGAGUCCUCCGGUCGCCGCGAGGAGUACCGCCGCUACAGAAAGAGGAUGUCUUCUUCAAAUGUCUCGCCGCUGCUGGGGAGCUCACUCUCCAAAUCCUCUGAAGCAAGGCUGUUAUAUGAUGGAGGCAGCAUCCCGAGGCGGCCUAAUGCUGGUUUACUCCUUGAAGACAUCAAGCAGGAGGCUCAGGAUUAUUCCAACCUUGAAGGCUUGGAUGGAUCGAGAAUGUUCAGUUCAGCCAAAAGACGGGCAUCGCUAGAUGGUGGUUCUGCCUCAGACGCAGCUUACAGUUCGGGGAGGCAGGCGGCGAGGCAGACGCUUAAACCAGUCAAGAUGGAAGAUGAUAUGUAUGUGCCACAUGAAGGAGAAACAUCUUUUACAAUGUUUGCAUCUCUCCUUGAUUCUGCGAUCCAAGGUUUGAUGCCCUUUCCAGAUGUAAUUCUACAGUUCGAGAGGACGUGUCGAAAUGCUUCCGACUCGAUCAGAUCCGCUGCCACUGGAAAGCUUCGGGUGGUGGAAGAUAAACUUAUGCAGCAAAAGGCACAACUUUUACUGGAUGAAGCUGCUUCCUGGUCACUUCUUUGGUGCCUCUAUGGCAAAGGAAAUGAGGAUCUUUCUGAAGAGCUUUUUGUGCCACCAACUACAUCCCAUCAGGAGGCUUGCCGCUUUGUUGCAGUAGAUCUUACAGCGCAACUGUGUCUGCGGAUCGUACUUUGGCUUGAAGGUCUUGCUUCUGAAGCUCUUGAUUUGGAGAAGAAGGUGAGAGGGUCUCAUGUUGGUUCAUAUCUACCAAGUUCUGGUGUUUGGCACCGUACACAGAGGUACCUCAAAAGAAACAAUAAUGAUUCUACUAUAGUGAAGCAUGUGGACUUUGAUGCUCCAACUCGUGAAGGAGCCCAACUUCUUCCUGAUGAUAAGAAGCAAGAUGAAUUGCUUCUAGAAGAUAUAUGGACUCUUUUAAGAGCAGGAAGAUUAGAAGAGGCAUCUGAGUUGUGCCGUUCUGCUGGCCAGGCAUGGAGAGCUGCCACUCUUUGUCCUUUUGGUGGCAUUGAUAUGUUUCCAUCCCUGGAUGCAUUGCUCAGGAAUGGAAAGUCCAGAACACUACAAGCCAUUGAGUUGGAAAGUGGCAUUGGACGGCAGUGGCGUCUUUGGAAAUGGGCAUCAUAUUGUGCUUCAGAGAAAAUUGCUGAGCAAGAUGGUGGCUGUUAUGAGAUGGCUGUAUACGCUUUACAGUGCAGUAAUUUAAAGCGUGUGUUGCCAAUCUGUAUGGACUGGGAGUCAGCUUGUUGGGCAAUGGCUAGAUCCUGGCUGGAUGUUCAAGUGGAUCUAGUAUUAUCUCAGUACCAAACCAGUAGACCAGAUGGAAGACAGCUCGAUGAUGAUAUGAAUGGAGCCCAAAAUUCAGUUGGUCCAGAAAGUUGGCCAUACCAUGUUCUUGAUCAACAACCUCGUAAUAUCACUGCUCUUCUGCAGAACCUCCACUCAAGUGACUUUGUUCAUGAAAAUGUGUCUCGAGCAUGCCGGGAGCAGCAUCGACAAAUUGAGGUAAUAUUUAUUUCCAAGGAUGGAAACUACCUAUGCUCUUGUGCAUCAUGCAUUAUGAAUCUCAUGAGUGGAGAUAUAGCUCAUCUUCUUGACCUUCUAUGGUCAUGGUUGUCCCCUGCUGAAGAGGACCAAAAUACUGCAAGGCCCCUUGAUGACCCAGAGAUGAUACGUUUCGGGGCACAUGUUGUUCUUGUUCUGAGAUACAUUUUCAGUGAUGAAAUUGAAGACGAGUUGGAGGAAAAGCUGGUUACUGUCGGUGAUCUCAUCAUCAACUUGUAUGUGAGGUAUUUGUUCUCAGAGGAUCAAGAGGAGUUGGUUGGAGUAUACGCUUCUCAGCUUCAACGUGAUCUUUGCAUUAAUUUGUUCGUGGAAAUGAUGGAAUUAAGGUUAAAUAGCAGUUUGCAUACUAUGUACAAGCUCUUCCUCUCUGCUGUGGAGUAUCUGCCAUUCUCAUCUGGAGAUGCAUCCAAAGCUAGCUUCGAAGAGAUCAUUGAGAGGGUGCUUUCCAGAUCUCGACAAACAAAACCCAGCAAGUAUGAUGAGGAUUUCUCUGAUGUUGCACAUCAACAUCACUUGCAGUCACUUCAAAAGGCAAUGGUUAUUCAGUGGCUUUGCUUCACACCACCACCCUCGAUUCCAGACUUUCAAAUGAUCACUGGGAAGCUUCUGAUUCGGGCAUUGAUGCAUAGCAAUACACUAUUCAGAGAGUUUUCCCUGAUAUCAAUGAGGAGAGUCCCUGAACUCCCAGCAGGGCCGCACAAGUUGCUUGCCAUCCUAGCUGAACCAUUAAAGCAAAAGGAAAAUUUGAUUUCUCCGGAAGAUCAGGAGGUAUCUGAUAACCUACAGGAGUUUGAAGAUUGGCAUGAAUAUUACUCCCUUGACGCGACUUAUCGGAACUGGCUUAAAGUUGAGAUGCAGAAUGCUGCUGUUUCUCCUGACAUGCUUUCAGCAGAGGAAAAUGAUCAAGCUGUUGCUGCAGCAAAAGAAACACUGGAAUUGGCAUUCUUGUUAUUAAAGAAGGAUGAAAGACCAUGGUUGGAUGCUGUCGAGAGCAGUCCAUUUGAACCCUCACAGCCUAUUUUCCUUGAGUUGCAUGCAUGUGCAAUGCUCUGCCUACCUUCUGGAGAAUGCAUGUUGCCAGAUGCAACAUCAUGCACAGCUUUGACUAGCGCACUAUAUUCAACUGCCAAUGAAGAAGAUGUGCUGCAUCGCCAGUUGAAGGUAGACGUGCAGGUCUCAUCUAGAGACCCUUGCUGUAUUGAAGUUGCUCUUCGCUGCCUAGCAGCAGAAGGUGAUGGAUAUGGGCUUCAUGAAGCCAGUGAUGGAGGCCUUCUUGCUGCAAUCAUGGCAGCUGGCUUUAAAGGUGAACUCAGUCGAUUUCAACCUGGAGUUUCGAUGGCAAUUUCACGGCUUGAUGCUUGGUACUCUGAUGGGAAUGGCUCUGUGGAAAGCACUGCUGCAUACAUAAUUCGAGGGCUGUGUCGAAGAUGUUGCCUACCUGAAACGAUUCUCCGAUCCAUGCAGGCAUGUAUCUCACUCUCCGCCGCAGGUAAUUCUCUAGAUGAUUGUGAUAAACUUAUUGAGUUGGUUGGUUCGUCCGAAUCUGGAAUGCUGCAUUUGUUCAGCCAGCAACAGUUACAGGAAUUCCUGAUUUUCGAGAGGGAAUGCUUGAUAUCUAAAAUGGAGCUUGAGGAGGAGCAGUUAUCUUCUGAUAGCUAAGUCUUUCAUGUUCUCAGAGAAUCACUCCCAAAUCACUGACGUGUUUUGAUAACCGGUGAAUCACUUUCAGAAUCACCUGCUGGCAGAUUCAGGAGCCAUGACCCUUGGACAUGGUGGCGUCAAGACCGGAACUGUUAUGGCUAAAUUGCUGGCUUUAUUGAUAAUGAUGUAGGUUGAGGUAGAUGGAAUCUCGCCCUCACGCUGGAGGCUCUGAGAUUGAUCCUCUACUUCUUCCUUAACCUUUUACAAUGACUGCCGUGUUUUAUAUAAUAGCCGGCCUAACAAACUCCAAAACCAACUCAAAUUCUAAUAUUAUUUCUAAAGGAAACCGACUCCAAAAA